AUGGAGGGCGCGCUUCACUACCAGAACGUCCCCGCGCCCCGAGGCCCGUCCCAGCGCGCCAAGAGCAGCACGUAUCCCACGAACUCGAUGUACGCCAGGGCGCAGGAGACGAUGCUCAAGAUGCGGGACAUGGCCAAGGACGGGAUGGCCAAAGCCGCGAAAACCGCCAAGCAGGGGAUGGCUAGCAUCGAGCGCUCCAUUAACGCGCCGCCCGCGUGGUCCGCGGCAGCCGCGUCCUCUCGACCCGGCACACAGGGACAGAGGACGGCGGUCGGGGUGAACCCGCCGGGAUUCAACGGGGACUCGACAGUCAACGGCGCUCUCGACAACGACGUGGCGAUUGCGGAGCGGCUUCAAGGAGCGGAGGCUGCGGCGGAGAUGCUCUUCGAGAUGCGCGCCGCGAACGACGGUAACCCGACGCCGGAGGAGGCGGAGAUGCUCUCGGAGCUGAGGGCGGUCUGCGAGCAGCACCUCAACGUCCUCGCGCGGUCGGUGGAGAGGGGUGCGGGCCUCAUCAGCGAAUCGCUGCUGAUGAAGUGCAUCGAGGUGGCGGAGUCGCUCGUGUCGGCCAUCGGCGACGGCGAGAAGCCCGGGGUUGAUGCGUCGGGGGGAGGGGGGGUGGGGGGGUACUCACCCCCGGGAUCGGGCGCGGGGGACGCGCCGGGGGGGGACGAAACGGCGGUCGUGGACCUCCUCGGCGGACUCGACGUCAACGCAUCCGAGGCUCCGUCCCCGGCGGCGCGCCCCGGCGAGGACGGCCGGCCCGCCACCGCCGCGGAGGAGGAGGCGAUGAUCGCCGCGGCCAUCGCGGCGUCGCUCGCCGAGGGCGGCGACGAACAGAAGCCACCUCCCACCACGCAGCAGCAGGCGCCUCAGCCCGCGACCGGUAACCUCAUCGACAUCUGA